CACGGCUUUAACCCUGUCCCGUUGCAGGUGAUGUCUGCGUGACCAGUUGAGUGUUUGCAACUGGAAUUGCAGUGUUACGCCCCAUUAGCCCACCCCUUUGUUGAUCGGGGCUUGGACAAUAAAUAUUUGCACUGGAGUCUUCUUCAUGGUGGUAUUACGAGUGACAAAGUCUUAACAAGAAGUAAAAUAAUACAUUGGCGAAGAUGGCGGUGACUUGCCCAAUGAAAGUGCAUCGAUACUGCGGGUUCCUGCAGCGGUCUAGCCUGGUUGUGCUGUCUUCUCGGACAUAUACAAACGAGAAUGACAAAGGAUGGUUUCGUUCUUUGUUUGUCCACAAAGUAGACCCUCGCAAGGAUGCCCACUCCAACUUGCUUUCAAAAAAGGAAACCAGCAGUCUCUUUAAGAUGCAGUUUCAUAAUGUGAAACCAGAAUAUCUUGAUUCCUAUAAUGAACUAACGGCAGACAUCAUGCAUCACCUUCACACUGACCAGAAUUAUCCGUGUGACCUUGUGGGUAGCUGGAACACGUGGUAUGGGGAACAAGACCAGGCAGUACAUUUAUGGAGAUACUCAGGAGGUUACCCAGCUCUGGCAGAGUGUGUAACAAAGUUAAGGCAGAACGAGCGUUACUUGGCAUAUCAGAAGAAACGUAGAGAGAUGCUGCAUUCCCGCCGAAAUGAACUGCUUCUGGAAUUCAGCUUCUGGAAUGAUCCUGUACCGAGGAGCGGGCCCAACAUCUAUGAACUCCGAACAUAUCAGUUAAAGCCAGGAACAAUGAUUGAAUGGGGAAACAAUUGGGCUCGAGCAAUUCGAUUUCGGCAGGAGAACAAUGAAGCAGUUGGUGGCUUUUUUACCCAGAUAGGACCACUCUAUGUGGUACACCAUCUCUGGGCGUAUACUGAUCUGCAGUCCCGAGAAGAGACUAGAAAUGCAGCAUGGAGGAAGUCUGGCUGGGAUGAAAAUGUCUAUUAUACAGUUCCUUUAGUCCGUAGCAUGGAAUCCCGAAUCAUGAUCCCAACACGGAUCUCUCCUCUGCAGUGAUCCAACAAAAAUGCAUUGAGGAAACGUUUAAGAACAGUCUACGUGCUCUAUGCAUUCCACUUAAUUCCACCAGUAAUCUGUAUUUGAUAUGUAACAUAAUUCUGAUGUGAUGUUCAAAUCCUGUGCGUGUCACUUUGAUGUCUGAAUUUUGGUGUACAGAAAAAUCAAUACAAAAAUCCAGAUCCUGCAACUGAUAAAGGAAAAAUAGAAAAAAAUGGAACCCAUCUCCUCGCAGGGUAUUGAUAAGAAGUCAGUACCUGCAGCAGAUUUUUUUGGUCAGCAGUUAAGACACCUUAAAAGUACAGUGAACAAAUGCAUACUGCAAACACUGGUGCAUGUAUAUUUCACACUAAAUACAUGUCUUUAUACAUAGAGAUAAAAUCACAAAUGCACAGCCAUAUCACACGAACAGCAUGUAGAGGUGUUUCACAUGUUUAUACUGAAGUCCAUAAUGUGGUGUAUGGACUUGUCAUAGUCAGAUGUUCUCAGGUAAGUUACACAUGAAUUGUCUAUACAGGUUUUGUCACUCUAACAUCUGACAUAUGGCCCACAUAGUUUAGGCAUCAGGUUGACUGGCAUCAUGACAUAUCAGUCCAACAUAUGUGUGCCACAAGCACUACUACUGCUGCUGCUGCAGAUACUGAAAGACAAAUACAGAUUUUUGAUCUGCAGUCAUACACAUGCACAAAUGCUAAAGCUACAUUUGUUCUUAGUAUUUUAACACAGUGCUUAUUUAUAUACACUGUUUAAACAUACAUGUUUGCACAUUUGUAAACAAUGUUAACAUACUGACACUACAGUUGUGGAAUGAAGUGUAUGUUGUCAAGUGUGUGCAGCUGCACUCACUCACUGUCACACACUGGU